GCGCGCCGAUCGUGCACGCCCGCGUCUACCCCACACACGCAGGACCUCCCUUCCCACGACCACACCGAGUGGAGCAAGCCAGAAAGUUUCCAGAAACAAACACAAUGAAGACGUCAUUGUACCUGAUCGCGUUGUGCGCAGCAUUGGCUGCGGUGGGCGCUGCGCCGGCGCCGGAGCCGGCGGCGAACCCCGAACCCGCGCCGAAUCCCGAACCCCAGCCGAACCCUGACGACCGGCCGGAGAUCAUUGAAAUCAUCGCUCCAGCUGCCAGCGCACAGGAGACGCUGGCCACGCUGAACCUCGGCGCUCCCGGCUCUGAGCUGAGCGAGCGAAACAAGCGAACCAUCGGCAUCCUUCGGCAGUUAUUCCCUACGUUGACACAGAUUAUCGAACAGAAAGUCCAGCAGAUAACAAGCCAGGUUCUCCAGACUUUCGGGCCAGUUGUGCUUAGAGCGUUCCUGGGGGGCAACCGCAACGGAGGGGGCGACAAUAUGGGAGGAGGAGGCACCAUCGAACUGGAUGACGAUGACGAUGAUGAUGACGCGGAGCCAGUGACCACGAGUUCCACGACCACCACGGAGGCGUCGACUGACGACGAGAAAAAAAGAAGAAAACGCGACCUAGUCUCUUUGCCGAACGUGGCCGCUGAUGAGAAUCAGUUGCUGUCCGGCGCGGAAUCGCAGCAGGCUGAAGUGAGGGUAGCUUUCGGGGAAAACCAGGGUCAGGAUCAGCAGGUCGCCGCCAGUGAUGACCAGCAGACGGCAGCACAAACCAACUCCGCCAGCAUCGAUGAGAUCACUCUCGAUGAUGCUGACAACAGCGAAGAAAAUAGAAACAAAAGAUUUCUGAGCUUCGGCGGUCAAGCUGGAGCGGGCGGGUCAGGAGGCGGGUCUGGUAACUUCUUAUUCGACAUCGUCAGGCUCGUAGCCGGCUCAUCUUCAGGCGCGUCGGGUGACACCGCCGCGGCAGAGGGUGACGACGCCGGUGCAGCCAAAGGCGACAACCUAACCGAGGGUGUGCCCGGCCCCAUCACCAGGCUCUUCAUCAUCGCCAACCGAGGCAUCGCCAACCUCAUCCAGGACCUCAUCCUCCGCAUCGCACAGACCUCCGAAAGGAUAGUCAACUUCAAAGCGAGAUUGAUCACCUCCAUCAUUUAACGCGUUUGCGGGUAGAACAAUAAUUAGUUAAGUAGAGUAGAAAGUCCACGGGUAAUAAGACGAGGCGAGUGACGCUUCUGUAAUGUAAUCUUUAUUGGUUUAAUGUGUGAUGUUGAGUAUUAAAAUAAGGGUCUCAUCUGUGUUAAGCGGAGACGUGUGCUAGUCGUUUACUAUUCCAAGAGAGCCCAAGAAGUGUUUUUUAAUUUUGCAAAAAAUAACCAGUACGCAGUCUCUUGCUUAACGCAGCGGAGAGCAACGUGUAUAAUUUAAAAGUGCUUUUAAAACCGUGCAGGCGAACGUUACAAAAAUCCUACAAGCUGUUCCGUUGACGUCUCUGCACGGUUCUAAGACCACUGGUGGUCUGAUUAAUUUAAGAGUUAAUAUUAUAGGUCUCGUCUUCUUAUCUGUAGGCAAUGAGUGCUACGCUGGCCGGCCCGUAGGCUUGGAAAUAACUAGCGAGGUCAAACCACUUGAGUUUGCUAGUCAUAUUUUUGGCUUGAUCAUAAAAAGUAUGUCCCGCACGGUUUUGUGUGAGGGAUGCUUGUUAUGGGUAGCUUAGCCCGGCCUUCUUUAGGCCUGGGUCGCGUGGGCUGGGUUGAGGCCUGGGUCAUGUGGCCUAAGCCGAGGCCUGGGUCUCGUGGCCUAGGCCGUGGCUGGGUGAGGCCAGGGCCGGCGCACCGACGGCGGCGUGGCGUGGCCAGAAGGCCGCCCGGCGCCAUCGUCAUUCCUGCUCAAGCUUUUUUUAUAAUGUGACAAUUUUCGAUUCGUUUUUACGUUUGUAAAUAUGUAUUAUAGCGGAAUUUUGUAUAAAAUAAAACGAUUAGUUAAAUUA